CGCCGCGCCGCCGGCGAGGUAGAAGGCAGGCAUUUUGGAUGUGUGUGUUGUGCGUGUAAUGCUGUUCCGCUUCAUCCAUAGCCGGCAACAAUGGCGUUCCCUCAAAUUCCGUCAUCUUCACACACUCUCUCUCCCACCCACAGCUAACAAACCCCCCAAUUCUAACUGGAACACAACCCACAGAUUCGUGCUCUCAAAUCCCACUCUCUCUCUUCUGGAGGCCAAAUGCAAAUCCAUUUCCCACCUCAAGCAAAUCCAGUCGCAAAUGCUCGUCACCGGCCUCGCCCUCGACGCCCUCGCCUACAGCCGCUUGGUGACUUUCUCAGCGCUUUCUCAAACGGGCGAUCUUCGUUAUUCCAAAAGAUUACUGUUUGCGAUGCCCAACCCGAAUGCGUUUUCUUGGAAUGUGGUGAUUAGGGCGAUCGUGGAGAGCCGCUGCCCGUUUGAAGCUCUGAUUUUGUACAAGAAAAUGUUAGUUUUCGUGAGGCCCGAUAACUAUACUUUCCCUUUAUUGUUCAAAGUUUGUGCUAAAUUCUUGCUUUCCCGCUUGGGGCGUGGGAUUCUGGGUCAUGCUGCGAAGAUGAAUUAUGACGGCGAUACAUAUGUGCGUAAUGCUUUGAUUCAUUUCUUGGCUGCUUGUGGGGAGUUGGAGGCUGCGCACCAAGUGUUUGAUGAAAGUCGUGUGAGGGACUUGGUUUCUUGGAACUCUUUGAUCAAUGGGUAUGUGAAGAGUGGGAGAGGGGAGGAGGCUUUGAGGGUGUACGGUGGGAUGGAGAAUGUUGUUGAUCCGGACGAGGUCACGAUGAUUGGUGUUGUUAUGGCUUGUGCUCAGUUGCAGGAUUUGGAGCUUGGCCGUAAGUUUCAUCGACGUAUAACGGAACGAGAGGCGAAUGUGGGGGGCGUCCGCCUUGCUAACGCGCUUCUGGAUAUGUACGUGAAGUGCGGGGAUCUUGAGAAGGCGAAGGAGUUGUUUGAGAGGAUGGAGGAGAAGACGGUGGUGACUUGGACCACCAUGGUGGUGGGGUACGCGAAGCACGGCUAUUUUGACGUUGCUCGGAGGCUCUUUGAUGAGAUGCCGGAGGAGAAGGACGUUGUCCCGUGGAACGCGAUGUUGAGCGCUUAUGUCCAAGCCCAGCAUGGGAAGGAAGCGUUGGCUCUGUUUCAUGAGAUGCAAGCAGAGGAAGUCGAACCGGAUGAGGUGACCAUGGUUAGCUGCUUAUCUGCCUGCGCGCAGCUUGGAGCACUCGACGUCGGAAUCUGGAUUCAUCGCUACAUUGAGAAGCAUAGCCUCUCCGUGAACGUCGCUCUCGGCACGGCCUUGGUGGACAUGUAUGCCAAGUGCGGCAACAUCGCGAAGGCGCUGCAGGUUUUCCACGAGGUUCCGGGCAGGAAUGCUUUGACUUACACAGCUAUAAUCGGGGGGUUAGCGCUCCACGGUGAUGCACGGGACGCGCUGUCUUGCUUCCACGAGAUGAUCCGCGGUGGCCUGAGGCCGGAUGAAGUAACCUUUCUCGGGGUUUUAACGGCCUGCUGCCACGGAGGGUUGGUGGAAGAGGGUCGGAAGGUGUUCUCGGUCAUGAAAUCCGAGUUCAACACUUCCCCGGAAGUCAAGCACUACUCGUGCAUGGUGGACCUUCUUGGCCGGGCCGGUCUUCUUAACGAGGCUAUGGAGCUUCUCGAGAGCAUGCCCGUGGAGGCGGAUGCCGUGACUUGGGGAGCCAUGUUUUUCGCCUGUCGGAAGCACGGAAACGUCGAGCUGGGGGAGAGAGCUGCGAUGAGGCUUCUUCAGCUGGAUCCUUAUGACAGUGGGAUUUACGUGUUGCUCGCGAGCAUGUACGUCGAGAGAAAGAUGUGGCGCGAGGCCGAGGAGGUGAGGAAGAUGAUGAGGGAAAGAGGAGUAGAUAAGACCCCUGGUUGCAGCUCCAUUGAAGUUGAUGGAAAUCUGUUCGAGUUCAUAGUGAGAGACAAAUCGCAUUCUCAAUCAGACCAGAUAUAUGAGUGCUUGGCUCAGUUAACAAAACAAACAGGGGUAGUGGAAUGCAUAACUGGUGAGAUUAUGUUUGGCUCCUGAAAUAGGCUGCCUUAGUACUUAGCAAGAUACAACAACAGAUUAAUGAAUGAGUCGAUUUGUGGAUGAGUCGACCAAUGCAGGGCAUUGACUCAUAACUGACUUCCGUGGAUGAGCCUCCAACCGACUCAAUAGAUGUGGAUGCUCUAACUUGUGCUAUGGUUGGACUUGGUAUACUAUGGAAUGAAUACUUAACGAGCAUGAGGAAAUCCGGUGAAAAUGCUAAGCAAAGGCGUCAUAAAAUGUUACUCCCUCCGUCCCAUUACUAAUGCUCGAUUCCUUUUCUUACAAAAUCACGUAUAUUU